AAUAAAUUCAGAGUUAGGACUUAUGAGACUCUCCUUUCCAGCAAAGAUAAAGAGGCUUUGAUAACCUAUGAAGUGUCAAAAAAUGGAAUGAUCAAGCCAUCAAGUGUAAAAGGAGGUAACCUGAAAGAAGAUUUGCUACGUCUAAUAUACAUGUUGCUGUGAAAACCAAGUUCUGCAGCCUCUAAGCAUGACAUAGAUGAAUUGACUCCGUUACUCAGGGCAUCAUGUUGCAAGAGCAAUUUACCUUUCAUUUUGGUUCUAAUAAAUCACAAUCCGCAGUUUGCAGAGCAGCUGGAUCUUAAUGGAAGAAACAUAUUGCACCUAAUACAAAUAGAGAAUUAUGAAGAUGGGAAAAGGGCAUUGGAAAUUCCAGAGAUCAAUGCUCUUAAGGACGAGCAAGAUUUUAACGGAGAAACUCCUUUGCAUCUAGCUAUAAAGAACUCUGAUUUUAUGAAGGUGAGAGUUCUUAUGGAAUGUUCUGCAGACUUCACUAUCAAAAGCAGCCAUGCCAUCUCGCCAUGGGAUUUAAUCCAAUCACAGGAUAAUUUCGCUAACAAAAUGAGGGAUGAGACAGACAUAGCCAUGAAUGGAAUGAUGAAAAAGGAAUUAUAUAAGGCAUCCAUAACCGGGGAUGUGCAAUUUCUUUCUCGACAUGAUGACAUCUAUCUACUCUCACGUUCCAUGGAAGGAAAUAAUAUUCUUCAUACAGCAAUUAGUCCAAAAUCAACUCAACCAAUAGAGUUUAUUAAAAAAAUUCUUCAAAGAAUUCCCAUCCUUCUUUGUCAGACAAAUGCUAAUGGUGAUACGCCACUCCAUUUUGCGGCGAGGGCUAGGACUUCAGCUGCACAUGAAUUGACAAUAUCCUGCAAGAAUACCUUCCAAAGGGUCUUAGACAUGGGUGCUUCAUUUCUUUAUAGUACUCCACCGUGGAGAGUAAGGAAUUCAGAAGGCAACACACCCCUCCAUGAAGCACUGCGUGCCGGAAAUUCUACUUGUGCUCGGUUUUUGAUAGAGCUUGAUGAUGAGGUGGCGUCCUUUGUCAACAAUUAUAAGGAGACUCCUUUGCAUGUCUAUGCAAGAUAUCUGCAAAUACCUGGACCCCUCUGGGGAAAUCAGAUAAGUGAAAGGCCAUUACCUCAAUUCUGCAACCGGAAUGCUGAAAGGAUAUCAACACAACUCAGUGAGCUAGAUUUGCUACUUGAAGCAAACAUUUCAGCUGCCUUCUUGAGGGAUAUGGAAGGUCUCACCUCACCCCUUCACUUAGAGCAGCUCAGUGUAACUAUAAUAUUGAAAACACCAUAAAGAUACUUGACAAGUGCCCAUCUUGUGCGGAAAUUCGUGAUCUCAAUGGCC